AUGCUCGUCGUGUCAUUGUCAGAGACAAUCUCAUUAGUCAUCAUCCUUAUUUUGAUUGUCUACGAAAUCGACAAUGGUGAUUGCAAUCAGGAUGAUAAUUACCAUAAUUAUCCACCGAAGUUUCGUGCUCCACAUAGUCCAUCUUACGAGUAUAUCUACAUACCAGGAGAUAUUUUACUUGGUGGCUUUUUUCCAAUUCAUCAACCACCAUCGAACGAUUUGGGAUCUAUGCAAUGUACAGCGAUUAAACGAGAACGCGGUAUUCAACGUCUCGAAGCGAUGCUAUUCGCUCUCGAUGUAGUCAAUACUCGAUCGUCAGGUUUAAUGUCAACCGUACUUGCUAAUAGUAAUAUUCGUUUCGGUGCCCUUAUCUACGAUUCCUGUGAUUACGAAUCCUAUGCUGUUGAACGUGCCUUCAAUAUGCUCUUGCCAUCGGUUCAUCAGUGCAUUCGAUUGCAUCAUCGUAAUGAAUCGUCAUUGAUAGCUGGUGUUAUUGGCAGUGCAUCAAGUAUUGUCUCAAUGGCAAUUGCUGAUAUUCUUCGUUUAGCUGAGAUUCCACAAAUAUCUUAUGCAUCAACAAGUACAGAAUUGAGUGAAAAACCACGUUUCCAGUUUUUUUCUCGGGUUGUACCACCGGACACAUAUCAAGCUGAAGCUGUAGUCAGUAUUAUUCAGUUCCUCAACUGGACGUAUGUUGCUGUUAUUAAAGAAACUGGCUCCUACGGUGAACGUUUGACUGAUGAUUUUAAGACAAAACUAAAAAAUAAAACUAUAUGUGUCGCAGGAGAAUUAUCUGUUAAUGUUAAAGAUGCCAAUACUUAUGUGCGUGUCAUUCGCGAACUCUACGAAGAUGAAAAAUAUCGUUUCGUUGUUGGAGUUAUCAUUUUUGCUCAAGAAGAUUCUGUUAGACAAAUACUCAAUCAGACAGCUUCGAAAAAUGAAUUAAAUGGUCGAUGGGUUUUUCUCGGAACGGACGGUUGGGGAAAGAAAUGGUACCCCGUAGAAAAUUUUGGACGUGCAGCUAUUAAUGCUAUAACUAUCGCACCAAAAUUAUAUCCUAUAGCUGCCUUCGAUGAAUAUUUCACCAAGUUGAUUCCGUCGAAGAACACACGAAAUCCCUGGUUUAUUGAAUAUUGGGAAGAAACCUAUAAAUGUAAAUUCCAACAUUCUCCCAGCACAAUCUUCAAUCAAAACUAUACACGUUCUUGUUCCGAUAAUUACAGUACAUAUGCGAAUUUAUCGGUUCACUAUUUUCAAGAAGGUUACGUUCAUUACGUCGUCGAUGCGGUGUUUACUCUUGUAAUCGCGAUCAAGAAACUAAUUGAUGAAAAAUGUUCCAAUCCAUCCAGACACAAACCUUUAUGUAAAGAAUUUUAUCCAUUCGAUGGCACGAGACUACUUUCAGUUUUACGAAAUGUUACCUUUCGAAAUGAUUUAUCCAAACGAAGUAUCAAGUUUACACCGAAUGGCGAUGGAAUCGGAACAUAUGAUAUAUUUCAAUAUCAAAUUAUUGAUUCGAAUAAUAAACUGAAUUACCGAACAAUUGGUGAAUUUAGUGAUAGUGAUCAAGUUAAUGAAAGAGUUCGGAUAGAUUUAAACACGCUGAAAUGGUUUAAAUAUUAUCCACAACAUUUAACUUGGUCAGAAAUUGAUGUCACACCUCGAUCAUUUUGCAGUGAACCAUGUCGUCCGGGUGAAAUACGCACCAGUACCGAUUCUCAACAAUGCUGUUGGACGUGUCGUGCAUGCGAUUUUUAUCACAUCGCUGUCAAUGAAACUCUGUGUAUUCCAUGUGCUGAAACCGAAAUUCCCAAUACAAACUUUACGCAUUGUGUUCCAUUACAAGAACAGUACUUAUCCAUCAAAAAUGGCAUAGCGUGGCCAGCAAUUAUCCUUUCAUCGAUUGGUCUUCUCAUGACAAUUUAUACAAUUGUUAUCUUCAUACGUUUUUCUGAUACACCAGUUAUUAAAGCAUCGUCGCGUGAAUUGAGUUAUUUUCUUCUAUUCGGUAUUUGUGCAUGUCAUCUAUGUGCCUGGCCGCUUGUUCUUAAACCAACUGCAAUAACGUGUUUUUUCAUUCGUAUUGGUGUUGGAUUGAGUUUAACAAUAUGUCUUGCCGCAUUGUUAACAAAAACGAAUCGUUUAGCACGAAUUUUCAACAAUAAGCAACGCGUUCAACAGCCAUCAUGUCUUUCUCCACGUUCUCAACUAGGCAUCUGUGCUGGCAUUGUUAGUAUUCAGUUGAUCGGCGUUCUCCUAUGGAUAGUUCUGUCUCCGCCUGCUGCUCUUCCAAAAACUGAAUCGAAGCAUAAUCAAAGAAGUUUACUUGUUCUUUGUCGAACCGAUAGUGUUCACAUUGCUGGUUCACUUGUCUACAAUAUGUUACUCGUCAUCUCAUGUACACUUUAUGCAAUCAAAACUCGACAAAUACCUGAAAAUUUCAAUGAAGCCAAACACAUUGGUUUUGCCAUGUAUUCUAUAUGUAUCAUUUGGUUAGCUUUCAUCCCGAUCUUCUUCGGCCUUCGAAGCAGUGAUAAUUGGUUUCGUAUCCAAUUCGUUACUCUUGCUAUUUGUUUAAGUCUAUCAGCGACUGUUAUACUUCUAUGUUUGUUCGCACCGAAAUUAUACAUUGUUCUUUUUGAUCCGUCCAAGAAUAUUCAGUCAAAAUUCAAAGCCUCCAUGACAGGAAAGAAGCUUCCUCCGAUCUCAGCAGCAGCACCAUCAUCAGCAGCAGCGACAAGUCAAUCGAAAGAAAAUAAUCAUGUUAACAAAGUAGUAGUAACAACAACUGCGAAUACACGUCAACGACGAUUGACACCAUCGGAAUAUACAACUGAAGUGACGUUUUGCAAUUCCAAAGCAGGAAGUUUCUCUAUGAGUAUUCACGAAGAAAUGACGCAAACUGAUAGUUGUAAUGAACAAAGGGCGUUAAUCAAUGGUAUAUGCACAGAUAUGGAUCGACAAGAAACGCCUCCGAAGGAUGAUGAAAAAACGGAUUUAAUAGCGAAACCCAAACAAAGAUUAAGUGUCAGUUAUUUACAAUGUUCAUCGAGUCGACGCAAUUCGACAAGUCUAUUACUAUCCAAUGAAAAUCCAUGGAAAAGAAUGAGUAAUGUUCGAUAUAGACUUGAAAAACCAGAUGAAACAAAGCAAGAUUCAUCGAAUUCGCGACAUGUCUGCGAACAACAUAUCACCUUCGUUUAG